GAACAGCGAGUUUUGUUACCGCUGAUUCCAUUGAGCUGAUUCCCCCUUCACUACAUUGCUAGGCUACAUUAUAACCUCGAAUGGAUACAUCUGACGGGCAUUACAGGCUACAUUAUAACCUCGAAUGGAUACAUCUGACGGGCAUUGCAGGAGGGACAAAUAACGGUAUUUCUAUUGAAGGGAGUAUUGGCAGAUUAUGAAAUCUGACCAUUGCAUACAAUAUAUGUAUUUUAUGGAAUUUCCAUUUGUUUGCAAUGAAGACAUCUCAGAUGGAGAAGAUAAACGGACACAGGAAAGAAGCGGUAUAAUAUGCACUCUUGCAAGCAUCUCUUAAAUAACAUAAUUUCGGCGAAAAUGGUCGCAGAACUUUUGAGUUUUCCUUUAACUCAUCUUUCAAAUAUAUUUUCCUGACACCAUAAGCUACCCUGUUGCGAUACUGAGCUAUGGUAAUGGGUGAAACAGUGGGCGUUCAUAGCCAGGGCCAUAGUCGAUAGUUAUAAGGCAAUGAAAGGAAACGGCUUUGCAUAAAUCCUACACCAGGACUGCUGCGUGAAGAUGAGAGGCUUGCCCUUCUACCAAGAGGACGAUUACAAUACAUCCACUGGGCAUGACCAAAACAUUGAUAUGGGACCUUGAAAUCCAUGCCUGAAUCUCUUUUGUCCUAUCUGCCCUUGGAGGGGGCGAGAUAGAGGAGACUUUCCUCUUUGACUCAAUAUAAAGGAGAAGAGAGCGUUCACAUCUGAGAAAUGGAUAAACUCACCGUCAUAUCAGGAUGUCUCUUUCUAGCAGCUGAUAUCUUUGCUAUCGCCAGUAUUGCCAAUCCGGACUGGAUCAACACAGGAGAUGCAGCUGGUAAGUUAGGUUCCCUGACAGUAGGCCUGGUGCGGCAGUGCCAGACCAUCCACGGUCGUGACCGGACCUGUAUCCCCCCGCGGCUGCCCCCAGAGUGGGUCACCACCCUCUUCUUCAUCAUCCUGGGCAUCAUCUCCCUCACGUUGACCUGCGGCCUGCUAGUGUUAUCACACUGGUACCGUGAAGCCACUCGUUACGCCCGCUGGAUUGCCUUCACUGGGAUGAUCCUGUUUUGUAUGGCGGCUCUUAUAUUUCCUAUAGGAUUUUACAUCGAUGAGGUUGGGGGACAACCUUAUAAACUACCCAACAACACAGUGGUGGGGUCCUCAUAUGUACUCUUUGUUCUAUCUAUAUUUUUCACUAUAGUGGGACUACUGUUUGCAGGAAAGGUCUGCUUGCCUGGGUGACAUAUUGGACACUUAAGUGUCCCGCUUGCGUCGCCUCAUUAGCUAGCUUUUGAGGUGGCACCAUCGGCUAAGACGCUUAAGGAGGGCGGCUACGUGUGUUUUGUAAGGCAGAGGUCCUGAGUUCACGCCAGGUAUGGGCCAAAUCGCGAGGAAGUGGUACUGGCUAAGCAAGCAGCGUGACAGCAUGACGUUUGAAAAUGGAUGCCUGGAAGGGAAAAAUAGGAACUGUGAGAAACACACUUUCUCUGUGUUUGUGGAACUCUCUGAUGCACCUUUGGAUGACAGGUCUCUACAGCCCCUAGCCCUGGUCCCAUAAGACAGGUAGUAGGCACUAGCUUUUCUGUGGUCAUAGAUAUGGGAGGAAUGGACACCUAUCCAGUCCCUUCACAGAUCAGUGAACACAGAAGUUUUGUUCCACGAAUAGAGUGCCUUUUCGGGUAGUGUACCUUUUUAUUUCACCUAAUUUUAACAUUUUGUCAUAAAAAGCACGUUUUAACGUCAUAAGAAAUAUGUUUCUCCAACUCCUUUUGAAAAAAAAAUAUUUAAAAAGGAAUCAUUUCACCAUAUUUAAACGAGAGUUCAGUUGACGUAACAGGGUUGACCUUAAACCUGAGCGACAUGAAUCACUAAUCAAAUGAAAUAAAUAAUAAAUCUUCAGAAAUCA